AUGGGCUGGACUGGGGCCCUGCCCUGUGGGAAGUGGGACUGUGAGUGUGCCAUCAAGAGCCAGCCGGGCUGCUGCUGUGUGGCCAAUGAGAUGAGCAACAGUAAGAUUGCGUUUAGCGCGGAGAUGAGAUCUAGAAGCGACUGCUUCGGGCCCUUCACCAGCAACGUGCCAAUCCGCUACUACUUCAUCUCUCUCAACCAGGGCAAUGGAUACAAUGACGCUCUGGGUACCUUCAUCGCCCCCCGCGCCGGCCUCUACUCCUUAUCCUUCACGGCCUACUCCAACGUGGGCGUGGACGGCGAGCGUCUCUACCACAAGGUGCAGCUGAUGAAGAACAACGAAGUGGUGGCCUCUGUGUGGGAGGACAACCGGGAGGACACGGAGGACAACCGGGAGGACACGGAGGACAGCGGAACCCAGUCGGUGCUGGUGUCUCUGCGCCAGGGCGACAAGGUGUACGUGGAGCUGCUCUCUGGCAGAAGUCUGUGUGGCAACACCAAGGAGUUCAACAGGUUCAGUGGAUACCAGGUCUACCCCUUCACACAGGAGUAGAGGGGAGAGUCAUACACACAUGAACACACACGUACAGUACAUGCAUGAAUACACACACACACAGAAAUUCAUACAUGCAUGUGCAAAGACAUACGGAUAUGGCACGCACAAACACAGAAACACGCACACAUACAUGUAGACACAUACACAUACUUUGUAACAGAUCAACUCACUGGCAUACUGAGCAUGACAAUACAAAUGUGAUGAAAUUAUGGAAGUGUAACGGAUGUGAAAUGGCUAGCUAGUUAGCGGUGGUCCGCGCUAAUAGCGUUUCAAUCGGUUACGUCACUCGCUUUGAGACCCUGAAGUAGUGGUUCCCCUUGCUCUGCAAGGGCCGCGGCCUUUGUGGAGCGAUGGGUAACGACGCUUCUUGGGUGACUGUUGUUGAUGUGUGCAGAGAGUCACUGGUUCGUUCCUGGGUCGGGGCGAGGGGACGCCAUAAAGUUAAACUGUUACAGAAGCAGAUAUUCAAACAUUGAUUGACAUCUAAACUCAAAUGCAAAUCUACAAAGAGCCAGAGCCUCAAAUAAAUCAUGCAAUUACAAUGUUCCAAGUGUGUCUAUUGGGUGUGUCUGUGCACCAUUGUAACCAAUAAUAUUCCAUGUAUAGUGAAAUUCAGACAGUCUGCCUUUGAAAUAGUAUUGCU